UUUGGUGAACGCUGAUUGGCUGGUCCUGUUCUAUGGAGUUGGCGCCAUUGCAAGCCUCCGAUCUCUCUCCACAGUGCUCUCGCACAUAUUUGUCUACUCUUCGCCUGCAGUAGUGGUUAAACCACGACACAAUGGCUGAUAAAGAAGCUGCAUUUGACGAUGCUGUGGAGGAAAGGGUGAUCAACGAGGAGUACAAGAUCUGGAAGAAGAACACCCCUUUCCUCUAUGACCUGGUCAUGACCCACGCCCUGGAGUGGCCCAGCCUCACUGCCCAGUGGCUGCCAGAUGUCACCAGACCGGAGGGGAAAGACUACAGCGUACACAGGCUGGUGUUGGGAACACACACUUCUGAUGAGCUGAAUCACCUCGUGAUUGCGAGCGUCCAGCUCCCCAAUGAUGAUGCCCAGUUUGAUGCAUCACACUAUGACAGCGAGAAAGGAGAGUUUGGAGGCUUUGGUUCUGUAAGUGGGAAGAUAGAGAUUGAGAUCAAGAUCAACCAUGAGGGCGAGGUGAACAGAGCCCGCUACAUGCCUCAGAAUCCUUGCAUCAUUGCCACCAAGACCCCAACCAGUGAUGUGCUGGUAUUUGAUUACACAAAGCACCCCUCCAAGCCUGACCCCUCUGGAGAAUGCACUCCCGAUCUGCGGUUGCGAGGACACCAGAAGGAGGGCUAUGGCCUCUCCUGGAACCCAAACCUCAGCGGCUGCCUCCUCAGUGCUUCUGAUGACCACACAAUCUGCCUAUGGGACAUCAGCACAGUGCCCAAGGAAGGAAAGAUAGUGGACGCCAAGACCAUCUUCACAGGCCACACAGCUGUGGUGGAGGAUGUUUCCUGGCACCUGCUCCACGAGUCGCUCUUUGGAUCUGUGGCCGAUGACCAGAAGCUCAUGAUCUGGGACACACGGUCCAACAACACCUCCAAGCCCAGCCACGCAGUGGACGCCCACACCGCGGAGGUCAACUGCUUGUCCUUCAAUCCCUACAGUGAGUUCAUCUUGGCCACUGGCUCUGCAGAUAAGACCGUGGCUCUUUGGGACCUUAGGAAUUUGAAGCUGAAGCUGCACUCGUUUGAGUCUCACAAGGACGAGAUAUUCCAGGUUCAGUGGUCUCCUCACAACGAAACCAUCCUGGCCUCUAGCGGCACCGACAGGAGGCUCAACGUCUGGGACCUCAGUAAAAUCGGAGAGGAACAGUCACCCGAGGAUGCUGAGGAUGGCCCUCCUGAGCUGCUGUUCAUCCAUGGCGGACACACCGCGAAGAUCUCCGACUUCUCUUGGAACCCCAACGAGCCUUGGGUCAUCUGCUCGGUAUCAGAGGACAACAUCAUGCAAGUCUGGCAGAUGGCUGAAAAUAUCUACAAUGACGAGGACCCAGAAGGGGCUGCCGAUGCAGAGGUCCAGGCAUGAGUCCAGCCUCCACAUCUCUUCAUUUGACCUGCUUGUUUAAAAAGGAUCCGUUGUCCAGAGCUGGUUGCAUAAGCAGUAAUCUCCUUUCCAAAUACAUUUUGGGCAGCAGGAAAAUUGAAAGAAUGAAAUGCUGCAUUGUCACCAUGUUGUGAAAUAUUUCAAGUAAGUCUUUAGAUCUUUUUAGUUUUUCAAGCUCCCAGUACUCAACUCUGGCUUGUGAUUAAGCCAGCACAGAUGUGUUCAACGUUUACGUUUUGCUUUUUGAUGGUUUUUUUUUUCAUCCUGUUUAGUUGUCCUGAACAGAUUUCUACAAAGAUCCAUUUUUAUUCAAAUUGUACAUACUGUAGGGUUCUUGUAUUCUCUUGAUAUUCAUAUUAUGAACUUUCCAGAAUCUGUGUGUCACUUUUUAUAUGUUGUUUUUCUUCUGCAUUUUCUAUGUGUAUCUGUGCUGCAUCUGAUCUCUUGUGUACUUCAGUAACUUCAUAAUAAAAUAUUUACAUUAAA